AGUGGUGAGAGGUGUGGAAGGCGGCGAGGGCGAUGGCGGAGCACGCGUGCGGCUGGGCGGUGGUGCUGUUCGUCGUGUUCCUGUGUAACCUGUGCAGGCUGCUGCUGCCCGCGUUCGCGCUGCUGGAUAACCACUGUUAAAUUCCCAACAUGAAGAUACCUAUUGUAUCUACCCCCGAGGAAUGAUGGGCCGAGUCAACGUCAAGGAUAUGAAGAGACUCACAAAAUGUGGUGCGGCUGACGCAGCCGGACUCCGGACGGGAGCUGGAGCUGAGGGAGGAACUGCGGAAGAUGCGGCGGGAGCUUGCCACCAUCAGCGUUAUGGACGAGUUUGCGCGCUACGCCCGCUUGGAGCGGCGCAUCAACAAGGCCAGCGACGAGCUGAAGACCUCGCGUGCGUUCCGCCCUUCACACCACUGCCAGCAGCGAGCGUGGGGCUCGUUCAGGCACGAACAACCCAGCUGACAACUAUGAAGUGGAUUAUAAACAUCUCCUUCUACACUCUGCAGGCAGUGGUGAUGAUCACUCUGAUAUGGAACUACUACUCUACACCGGUGGCAAUGCUCCCAUCCAAGUGGGUCUCACCUCUAGAAAAGCUCGUGGCUUUUCCCACAGGUGUCCCAGGAGGCAUAGGCAUCACGUGCUGGCUGCUGGUCUGCAACAAGAUUGCAGGCUUACUCUUCCAGCCGUUCACCUGAGACUGCAUCACUGAAACUCUCCUAUAUCAACUUAGGGCGCUUCGAGGCACAGCUCCGCCUGCCCAGCCUUACCUCCAGCGGGUCACUCUAAUUGUGCGAUAGCUCUUUUUUUUUGGCGGACGCAGUAAAACCUUAAACAGCGACUCGCACGUCUGGCAGACUCGCUUCUUUGCGACUAAGUAUUGCUGAUUAUUUUAUUUUGUUACCCUUUUUCUUUUUUAAACGUGCAGACCUUGAUCGAUGUAUAUAUAAUACCCAGGUCAUGUUUGACUAUUUAUUAUGUAAGCGAGUAAUCAGCCAUGAACAAAAUGUUUGCAUCAAAAAUAAAUUUGCGUCAAAAAAUA